AUGGAUGAAACUAUUUUGUGUUGUGAUGGUGCUUCUAGAGGUAAUCCAGGGAAGGCUGGUUAUGGAUUUGUUGUCAGAAAUCAUAUUGGUAACUUUGUUUAUGCUGAAUCAGGUGGUUUGGGAGUACUAGCUAAUUAUAUUGCAGAAUUUAUAGCCAGUAUAAGAGCUCUUGAAUGGGCUCUGGAAAAUCAAAAUUUUAAGAUCAUUCCGCAAACUGAUUCUAAGGCUUGUGCCACAACUUUAUUGAACAAGAAGAUACCAUGGUUUUUGAUGGCUAGAUGGCAGAGAGUUAUAAGUGGACUACACAGUAUAUCUGUCAGACAUGCUUACAGGGAAGCAAACUUUUCAGCUGAUCACUUUGUUAAAAAGGGUAUGCAUCUUCCAAAGGGUAUUAUCCAAAAUUUCAGAGAGAGACCUUCUUCCCUUUCUCAAAUGGAAUUCCCAGAUAUGCCAUAUUAUAGAUUUGAGUAA